AUGGGCCGCUACGCAGUGCUGGUGACGGGCCCCGCCGGCGCCGGCAAGACGACGUUCUGCUCGACACUCGUGAGCCAUGCGCACAGUCUCGGCCGGAGUGUGCACCUCUUUAAUCUCGAUCCUGCCGCGGAGCGCUUCGAGUACGAGCCGUCGAUCGACCUGCGCGAGCUCAUUUCGCUCGAGGAUGUAAUGGAAGAGAUGGAUCUCGGCCCGAACGGUGGUCUGAUCUACUGCUUUGAUUACCUGCUCAACAAUCUCGACUGGCUCGAGAACGAGCUGGGGAACUAUGACAACGACUACCUGAUCAUUGACUGCCCCGGCCAGAUUGAGCUGUAUACGCACUAUCCAGUCAUGACACGGUUUGUGCAGCUGAUGCAGCAGCAGUUCAACUUUCGGGUAUGCGCCGCCUACCUGCUCGACUCACACUUUAUGGACGACAAGCCCAAGUACUUUGCAGGCGUGCUGAGCGCGAUGAGCACCAUGAUCAAUCUCGACGUCCCUCAUAUCAAUAUCAUGACCAAGAUGGACCUUGUCUACCACAACAACGACAAGCAGGGCCCCAAGUAUAUCCAGCGCAAAGAGAUGGAGCGGUACAUGGACCCCGAUCCGCUGCUGCUCGCCGACGAGGCAAACGCCGAGACAAACCCCAAGUUUUCAGCGCUGAACCAUGCGGUGGUGCAGCUGAUCGAGGACUACAGCAUGGUCUCGUUUCUGCCGCUCGACCUCACCGACGAGGACAGCAUCGCAAUGGCCCUGUCGUGCAUCGACAACAUUGUGCAGUACGGCGAGGACGAGGAGCCGGCCGAGCCAAAGGAUAUGGACGAAGAAGAGGAGGCGCCGUAG